CAAGUGAAGCAUCCUGGAGGAGGAGUGGCUCUCCAGCGCUCCAGACCAAAACACACUGCGCGUUUCAUUAUAUUGUAAGAAUGAGGACAAGUGGACAUACACAAGACACGUGUCUCAUUGCGCAUCCUUCCGCGAUCAAUUGACGACAUAUCAAAAAGUGGAAUAUUCAUCUCAAGAACGAGGAAAAGGGAGAAGGAAUACUACAAAGGUGAUGUGACAGAAGACAUCCUUCACUGACAGACUACAGGAAGCUGGAGAUGAGGAUUGUUGGAUUGUGGAGGACUGGGCAAUAUUGUCCACUACUGGUCAUUCUGCUCCAGUCGCUGUUGCCUAUAAGGUCAAGUAAUGCUGGAAGCCAGAAUAUUGCACGACUACAGCUUUCUCAUACAGACCUGCGGUCUAAAAACAGCUCUGCGGUGUUCUGGGAUGGUGGAGCGGGUGGAGAAUUUCAGGCCUUACUGCUGGAUGAAGACCGCGGCUGGCUGCUUGUCGGAGGUCGAGACCAAAUCUACAUGCUGAACUCUGAAAGCAUCACCCAACCAGCACGCAAGAUUCAUUGGCCAGCUGGACAGGAACACAUUGAAAGCUGCAAAUCCGCAGGAAAGAAUCUUUUGAUGGACUGCGCCAAUUACGUGAGACUCCUACAGCCUUUCAAUAAAACUCACGUGUAUGUGUGUGGAACUGGUGCAUUCCACCCGCAAUGCACCUACAUUGACCUGGGACCCAAUCUUGAAGAACCCACAUUCCAGCUCUCAAACCAUGUUGAAUCCGGGAGAGGAAAAUGUCCUUUCAGUCCUCGAGAACAGUUUACUGUGCGACUGACAGAUGGGGACCUGUAUGCUGGGACGUCUGUGGACUUCAUGGGAACAAACGGCGCCAUUUUUCGUACAUCUCUGCACAGCAGCAGUCAACAUUGCAUCCGCACCGAGGCUUACCAUGAACACUGGCUCAAUGAGCCAGAAUUUGUAGGAUCAUAUUCCAUCCCUGACACGCACAGCUUGGACGAUGACAAGGUCUACUUCUUCUUUAAAGAGACCGCCGUGGAGUCCAACCAGCUGGAGAAGCGAGUUUACAGUCGAGUGGCCCGUGUCUGCAAGAAUGACAUUGGAGGAAAGAGAAGCUUGAUUAAUCGCUGGAGUACCUUCCUGAAGGCCAGACUGGUAUGUUCGGUACCAGGGACUGGAGGCAUGGACACGCACUUUGAUGAACUGCAGGAUAUCUUUCUCUUGGAGACCAAAGAUCCACAGAAUCCAGUCAUCUAUGGUGUCUUUUCCAUUUCUGGCUCCGUCUUCAGAGGUUCGGCUGUGUGCGUUUACUCCAUGGCCUCCAUCCGAGCCGCCUUCAAUGGGCCCUUUGCACAUAAAGAGGGGCCCGAUUAUCGCUGGAUGGAGUACAAGGGGAGGAUCCCUUAUCCACGGCCGGGAACGUGUCCUAGUGAGACCUACGACCCUCUGCACAAGUCCACCCGUGAUUUCCCCGAUGAGGUUGUGAGUUUCAUGAGGUCCUAUCAGCUGAUGUGGGAGCCAGUGUUGCCCAUUCAUAGACGCCCGAUUUUCACCUGCAUCAACGCCCCCUACAAGCUGAAGAAGCUGGUGGUUGACAGAGUUGAUGCAGAAGAUGGGCAUUAUGAUGUCUUGCACAUAGGCACAGAUGAUGGCAAGGUAUUGAAGAUGGUCUCCAUACCUAAAGAGAACUGGGAAACUGAAGAAAUCAUUCUGGAGGAGCUGAAUGUCUUCAAGACUCAAACCCCAGUAUUAAGCAUGGAACUGUCCAUCAAAAGGCAAGUGUUGUUCGUAAGCAGCAAUGAGGGUGUCGUCCAGUUACCUGUACAGAGGUGUGAGCUGUACGGUAAAGCAUGUGAAGAUUGCUGUCUAGCUCGUGACCCAUAUUGUGCCUGGGAUGGCUCAUCCUGUACUAACUACUUCCCUAGCAACAAAAGGCGUGCCCGUAGACAGGAUGUGAGGUAUGGAGACCCCUGGAGCCAGUGUCAGGACAUGAGAGAUGAGCAUGCUGAGCUGAAGACCAUAUACGGUGUGGAGGGGAAUACAACCUUCCUAGAAUGUGCUCCACGUUCACCGCGGGCAACGAUCAAGUGGAUAAUUCAGACAAAUAACAGUCACAGCAGCAAACAGUUGGUUCCAGGUGAAGAAAACCUCAUCCACAUGCAACGUGGGCUCCUGCUUCAGCGCUUAACAUCUGCUAACGCUGGCCUGUAUCUCUGCAUAUCCUAUGAACACUCAUUCUCCCGCACAUUAGCCCGCUACAAACUAAACGUCAUCCCCCAGAACCACAUGCCUAGUGUGCAGAACAUUCGUACCUUGGACACUGGAGCUGCCGGAAAUUAUGCAGCCUCACCGCGAAGCUACAAAGAACUCCAUCUAAUGGGAGUUAGCGGGCUAACAGCAGACGAGUACUGCGAGCAGCUUUGGUACCGUGAAAAACGACGACAGCAAAAACUCCGUACGCUAAAGUGGAAACAAGAGUCUGAAAACCGUAAAGCAAGAGUUCGCCGACAAAAUCCACCUUACGAGUCUCUUGACUGAGGUGUAACAACAGACUUUUGGAUGUUUACUUUUCAACUAGCUUCAGCUAGCAAUAGCUACUGUUAGCAAAACAACAAAGGGCUGCAGACAAUAAGAGCUUGGUUUUUCUUCUUUAAAUCUCAGUAUAGUCUUCUUAUUUGUUUUAACAAAGUCUUAUGUUGUGGCCUUCGUUAUCUUGUUAGCAUUAGCCUGUUUUAGCCAUUAGCUAUGAACUCUACCUGUAUUAUAACCAGUUGCUCAGCAUGUAGCUGUGCCGCUGGUAUAAAUCAUGCUGUGUGGCAUUAGAUUUACAGCUAAUAAGAUUUUACCUACGUUUCCUGUCUAAUAAUUAAUCUGUUGCUGUUUGUUUAUAAGUGCUGCCUUCAAGUCCUUCUUAGAUCCUACUUAAGAUGCCGUAAUUGCAAUGUGACGUACGCUCAAGUGAUUCCAGUCAUAAAAAACAGCACGUUGGGCUAAUAAAAUGUUUUUUUCUACUGAUUUUUCUGUAUAUUAGGAUUCUGAAGGGUUUGCUUUGAGUUUUCACUCUCCCCAGUCAACAAAUGUAUCUUGAACAUACAGUAUGUUCUGAGAACAGCAGGUGCCUCCGUGGUCACUGGAAGUUUGUUUUGCCACUCACUUACGCAACCCAGGAUGUACCCUUCAAUGUGUCCUUCCUCUCCAAGAACAAUCCCUUCUUCUCUUUCCUGAGAACAUUCUUGAGUAAUAUGUUGGUUUUAUGGCAUGACAGCAAAUUAAACCCAUCUGAAUAGUUACAUUUACAUUUAUUCAUUUACAGUAGCAGACUUUCCUAAAGUUAGCAGUAUAAACUCUGUAGUAUGUACAGUUUGUCUGAUAUGUAAAUGUGUCCAUGCAUCUGGGAAUAUAACACAAAAUAGAUCAAAGAUCAUACAAUACUCUUUGUAAGUUAUCUUCAUUGGACAUUAAAAUGUCUUCCAGAAUCCUCCUGUUCUUCUCCUUCACAGCUGAAUGGAAAGUUGUGGCAUUGCUUCAUGGUUAAAUCUGAAAUUGGUUCAGGGUGGGUUGAAAUUGCCAGUUCGAUUUACAGAAGUAAAAUCUUUGAUGCAGCAUGUUGUAGUGUAUUGAUUGUUAAACAAAUUGGUUUUUGCAUUAAAGUCUCAAUAAAUCAGAAUUCUGGACUGCCCUAAUAAUAAGCUUCUUUAAAAUUAUGAAAAUUUGAUUUUGGGGUGAAAUAUGACCUGAAUUCACGUUUUUGUGUGAAUUUAUGUAUUCAACAUCUAUACCAAAAGUAUACCUAAUGGAAAUCAAAUUUUUAGACUGUUUUUAUUAAGAACACAAGCAGAUUUUACUGUUUGUAUGUUAUUUGUAUGUCAAUGAACAGCUUCUUCAAGCUAGGCAGAGAACACACUUCUCUUAUUCAUUUGUGUUCAAAACACAUUAUUGCACAUAUAUUAGUUAUGUAUCUGAGUUUAAACAAUACGCUUUUAAAGAGACAGGAUGUUGAAGACAGCUGUGCAUCAUAGUUGGUCCUUAACAUCUGGUGUUCACAAUCUGGUCUGAAUGCUGAAUGGUGUGCUUGCAUAUCACUUACAUCAUUUUACAGUCUUUUACAACCCAGCAAUGAUCUCUUUAUGUAUGAUAACAUUUUUGAAUACGUUUUUAUUUAUGUUGGCUGUAUUGUUCUGUUGACAGUGACACAUUUGUGAUUACAACUUAAAUGUACUAAAGCUUAACUUUGUUUCUUAAUUUUUAGUGCCUGAGAUUUGUUGGUUUAUUGUAUGUACAGCAUUCUCUUUUAUACAUUUGUGUGUGAAAUAGUAUUAAAGUCAAUAAAGUAUUGAUCAUA